AGUGUCACGACAUUCUGGCGAAUGUAUUGCAGGAAGACUGAGGGUGAAAUAGUAAAAGCUUCUCUACUCGAGAGCGACCAUAAAUUUAAAUAAGCUCUAAAAUAGUCUGAGAGCCCUCUCUUUCUUACGCGCCAUUACUGAAUGUUGAAGCUAAGAAUUCUUCUGAUUUUUCAGAUUAAGCAAUAAAGUGUGCUAAUUCUGGAGCAAAAUGCAGUAGAAUUAUCAGAAGAGAUAAAUUCCUGGUACUUGUAUUAUUAUUAUUUUUUAGCAUUUUUUGCUCUUAUUUUUGGCUGGAUCAAGAGAGGAAAAAGCUGAAAAUGGAGAAAGUGAAUGAGGCCAUGGGGAGGCUAAAGUCAUUCGUGGGAAUGGAGGUGGAAGAAGAAGUUGCAGAGGAAAAUGUCUCAUUUUUUGAUGAUUUCAAUCGCCAGUGCACGCUCUCAACGAAGCAGAGGAUGACUGGCUUUGCAAUAUGCUUAGUUGCGGGUUUGACUUGCACACUCAUGUCAAUUCUUGUUUUCUUCAAUCCCAUCAAAUUCGCGGUAGCUUUCACCUUGGGCAACAUGCUUUCGCUUGGGAGCACAGCCUUUCUCAUAGGACCCAAACGUCAGGUGAGAAUGAUGCUUGACCCUGUACGGAUUUAUGCAACAGGCAUAUACAUUGGGAGCAUAAUUGUUGCACUUCUAUGUGCUCUCUAUGUUCAUAGCAAGCUCUUGACACUUCUGGCUAUCAUCAUUGAGUUUUGUGCCCUUUUUUGGUACAGCCUCAGCUACAUUCCCUUCGCACGAGCUGCUGUUUCAAAAGCGAUGCUGGCGUGUUUCGACACCGAGUUUUAGGAAUUUGAACACAACGAGAAAUGGGGGGUAGAAAUGAGGGGCAUAAUUGUCUUUUUUCCUUCUAGGGAAAAAUGGGGAGUUAAAAUGAGGGGUAUGGCGGUCUCUCAUUUUGAUGAUAUAGCUCAUGUAAGCUAGUUUCAAAGCCAAGAGAGAGGGGUCGGUGGGUGUGUGUCAGAGAGAGAGAGAGUAUAAAUAAUUUUUUGGUUCUCUAUGAAACCCUUCCAAUUUACCUUGAUUGAAUGAUACUGAAAAUAUCACAUGCUAUGGAGGAAAUUUAGUCUUCCCAUGGGAUUGAAAAGAGAUUGUUUAAAUUCUAUAUUUGCUUGAAAAUGAAGUCUCGGGAUUGAACAGAA